UCCGCGCAGGGCGUGGUGGGAUAGAAUGCCUCUUCUGGGAGGACCUAAUAGACUUUCCUAGCUAACGGGUAACGGAGAAGAUGGCUGCAGCGGGGCUUUUCAGGCCAGUGGCUGAAAACAAAACGCUGUUUGUCAUGUUUCUGGACCGCGUGGAUUUAACCUGUCAUUCAUCGUGAGGGCUUUGUCGAGGACUAGAGGAGGAUAAAUAUGGGGUCUCAAACACUACAAAUAUUGAGGCAGGGAGUCUGGGCUUCAAUCACUGGUGGGUGGUAUUACGACCCCCAUCAAAACACAUUUGUCAAUGCCUUACAUCUGUAUAUAUGGCUCUUCCUGCUAUGUUUCCCCUUUACGCUUUAUAUGGCCCUGCCGCCCACCAUGGUGAUCGUGGGCAUCUACUGCGGGGUGAUCGCUGCCAUCUUCCUGCUGCUGAAGGCCAUCAACUACCGGCUGCACCACGCGCUGGACGAGGGGGAGGUGGUGGAGCGCCGUGCCCACGGGGCCCAGGGGGGUCGUCCGCACGGCCCCGAGGGCAUCCAGCAGGGCGGCGCCACCCGGCAGGAGGAUAGCAACGGCCCUGGUGACCCUGGAGGGGGUAUUGAGAUGGCAGACUUUGUUCGAGAAGAGACGCCGCCGGUGGACUGCAGUUCCAGGAACUCGUAUGCAGGGGCGGAUUCAAACCACCAGAUUGUGAUACCCCACGGGGGACCCACCACAGCCAAAGACCUGAUGUCGGACCCAAAGAUGUACUGCCUGGUGUCCAACGGCUCCUUCUCCUCCAUGCAGCCCUCCACCUCGCUGUGCCCGGCCGACCUGGCGCGCGACGUCUCCUCGGACCCCUCCACGGCCACCUCGCGCCACCCCUUCUCCCAGUCGCUCUCCUCCUGCGAGACCGAGCUUCCCCCCUCUCACCUCCACCACCACCACCACCACCAACAUCACCAGCACCACCACAGCCACCACCACAGCCACCACCACCACCACCACCCGCCCUCCAUCUCCUCCCAGUCCUUCCGCAAGGACUCGCGGCCGCGCGGCCUGCCCCGCACCUCCAGCUCCGCCGGCUCUGCAUUCCUAUCGCAGGACUCUGGCUCUUCCUCCUCCUCCAUGAUGGUGGGGGUGGGGGUGGGCGUGGGGGUGGACCCGUUCGGGCUCUACCCGGCGCCCAUGCGAGGCGGGGGGCUGGACCCUGUGCGGGAGCUGGAGGGCGGGGUGCGGGUGGGGGUGGCCCGCGUGGCGGCUGUGUCGGCGGCGUCGGGGGCAACGGGGGAGGGAGGUCAAGAUGGGACUGUCGCCGCGGCGUCAGCGGUGGCGUCCACGUCGGGCGUCUUGGACUGCUGUAGGCAUCAGCAGGAGCAUCUCCACCACCAGCAGCUGCAGCAGCGUCGUUGGCUGCAACGCUCCGUGUCCCGCGAGGCUGCCGAGGGGCUGCCCUCCACCUCGUCCUCUGGCGCCAACGUGGGCGGCAGUCUGUACAGGGUGGACGCCGGGGGGUGCGGCUGCGCCUGCUCCUCGACGGGCAGCAAGCGCAGCGCCGACAGCCUGCGUAGCCUGAGCACGCGCAGCAGCGGCAGCACCGAGAGCUACUGCAGCGGCACCGGCACGGGCACGGAGCGCGACAGCAACAGCAACAGCACGGUCAGCAGCUUCCACAGCGAGCGCACCAGCUCCACCCACGUGGAGAGCCUGCUGUCCCUGGCGGCGGUGGCAGCAGCGGCGGGUGGAGCCGACGGAGGAGGAGGAGGAAGUGAGGGGAGGCAACGAGGAGGUGACGGCACGCACGGACUCUCGCACACAAACACGACAACUACAACCACGCCACACACCAGCAGUCUCGGUAGCCUGGGCAGUGCCGCCAGCUCCAGCUCGAGGAAUAUCGCCGGCCUUCAGGCGUCGACGUCCGGGGAGGCCAACAAGAACCCGCAUGCCAACCAGCUGGUGCACGGCAGAGCGCCCGCCACGACGGCGGACCUCAGCAGUGCCACCUCCGCAGACCCCCUAGAUGCCACCACCACCACCACCCCCACCCCCACGUCCCUCACUGCGGCCCAGGCUCAGGAUGACACGGAUUCUGGGCUGUGUGAGCCUGGCACCCCGCUGGUGGGGGCCGGGGUGGGCACAAGGACUAGUGCGGACGGCUCAUCGUCCGUUGCCAAGGAUGUGCCACCUGCCGUCGACCGUGACCCUGGCCUUGACCCGGAUAAGGAGUCGGGGAAUCAGGGGCAGCCUAAGUCUGGUAGUGGUCCGGUGGCGGAGCAGGUGCCAUGUGGUCAGCAGGGGGCAGUCACCUCCACCUCUGCCAGCCGCAGCCACAGCAGCGGGGGAGGGGCAGAGGCAGGAGGCGGGGUGCCCAGCAGCGGGCGCUCCAGACGCCAUGGCGCCGGUAAGAAGCGUGCCAGUAGCUUUGACGCCAGUCGCCACCGAGACUACGCCAACCUACGUGGCGGCAAUGGGGGCCUUGCCAAGCCUCGCAGCGCCGUCUUCAGCAGUGGUGCGUCGGGUGGUGAUAACGGUGGUUGUGGGGGUGUCGGGAGAGGCGGGGCGGCAGUAGGAGGAGGAGGAGGAGGAGGCGGCGAGGAGGACUCGAGCGACCAGAGCGAGCUGAGCUGCGGCUCCAGCUUGCACUCGUCCCACCAGCUCAGCACAGACUCCUCCUCCACCACCUCCUCGCACACCUCCCGCUCGGCCCGCGCCUCCCCAGAAGGACGCUACGGCGCCCUGAAGGCCCGGCACGCCAAGCACGACUCAGAGAGCCCUGCCGGCGGCCACCGCAGGGAGAGGGAGCGCCAACGGGAGCGGGGCAGCAGCAGCGGCGGCGGCGGUGGCAAGCGGCGCGCCUCCCGACGGACACCCAGCGCGGGCAGCGCCAAGACGCACGCCCGCGUCCUCAGCCUGGACAGCGGCACGGCCGCCGCCUGCCUUAACGAGCUCCACGAACUCCACGAGCUGGGCGAACCGCAUCGCCUGGGGGCCCCCAACGCCAACGCCGGCCCCGGGGGUGCGGGAGCAGCAGGGGGGCCCCGGCCCCUGACCACCUCCAAGUCGGACCUGGAGGCCAAGGAGGGCGAGGUGCUGGACGCCGCCUGCCUGAUGGGCCGCGCCUCGCAACUGGAGUCGGUCACACGCUCCCGCAACAGCCUGCCGCCGCACGCGCUCAUGGGGGUGGAGGGCCUGGAGGCAGCCAUCAGGGCAGCACCCGGCAGCGAGGAGGCCGUUACAUUCCGGCGCGAGCGUAGCACGUUCCGUCGGCAAGCCGUGCGGCGGCGCCACAACGCGGGGAGUAACCCCACCCCUCCCGCCUCCCUCAUCGGAUCUCCCCUCAGUCUCCAGGAGGCCCUCAGCCAGGCCUCCCAGCAAUCUUCUUCCCAGGUCAAAGGUCAACCCUCCCGCACCCCAUCCCAGGUGACUGUGUUGAGCGCGAGCACCUCCCUGCUGGCCAGGAAUGGAAGCGCACAGCUGGAAUGUUCUCAGGACAAGGCCUCUACGGCAGGCAACACCAGCCUUCAGGAUGAGUUUGGAAAGCUCACCCCGCCUUUGUACGAGGUCGGGGGCUGUGAUAUGUCACUGGUGAACUUUGAACCCGCAACCCGAAGAGCCUCCAACAAUAUUUGGGAAACAGAUUCUCACCUCUCCAGUUCUACCUCAGUUCGUUUCUACCCCCAUGACCUAAUCCGUCUGAACCGGCUGCUAACGAUGGACCCCGAGUUGCUGGAGCAGCAGGAUGUGGACCUGAGUCCCGAGCUGCAGGAGGCGCCACUGGGCACGCUUGACCCCGCUACGGCAGCCCACAAGGCCAAACAGUACUACCGCUUCUGGCUGCUGCCACACCUCUGGGUUGGCCUGCAUUUUGAUCGGCUCACACUGCUGGCUUUGUUUGACAGGAACCGCGAGGUUCUGGAGAACAUUUUGGCGGUUGUGCUGGCUGUGCUGGUGGCCUUCCUGGGCUCUCUGCUCCUGGUCCAGGGCUUCUUCACAGACAUCUGGGUCUUUCAGUUCUGCCUCGUUAUCGCUAGUUGCCAGUACUCGUUAUUAAAGAGUGUUCAGCCCGACUCUUCUUCACCUCGCCAUGGUCAUAACCGCAUCAUAGCGUACAGUCGUCCGGUGUAUUUCUGCCUGUGCUGUGGGCUGAUCUGGCUGCUGCACUACGGUAGUGAGUGGUGGGGUCCCUCGCGCUUCACCCUCUAUGGGGUGGUCAUCACCAGCUCCCUGCUACUCGCCUCCGCCAGAGACCUCGUCAUAGUCUUUACUCUGUGUUUUCCAAUCAUCUUUUUUGUGGGACUGCUACCACAAGUAAAUACCUUCAUCAUGUACCUGUUCGAGCAGUUGGAUAUCCACAUAUUCGGUGGAAAUGCCUGCACCAGUCUGCUAUCUUCUGUCUACAGUGCCCUGCGGAGCUUGGUAACCGUGGCGAUGCUCUAUGGCCUCUGCUACGGUGCCCUGAAGGAGUCGUGGGAUGGAGAUCACAUCCCGGUGCUGUUCUCUGUGUUCUGUGGGCUGCUGGUGGCCGUGUCCUACCACCUGAGUCGCCAGAGCAGCGACCCCUGCGUCCUCAUAUCCCUGGUUCAGUCCAAGGUCUUCCCUAAUCUGAAGGAGAAGAACCCAGAAGACCCACUGGCAGAGGUGCACGAUCCGCUGCCAGAGAAACUUCGCAACUCUGUGAAUGAGCGGCUGCAGUCAGACCUGAUAGUGUGCAUUCUCAUCGCUGUGCUCUACUUCGCCAUCCAUGUCAGCACUGUUUUUGUCGCUCUGCAGCCAUUCCUGAGCUACGUGUUGUAUGGGCUGCUGGGUGCGGUGGGGGUGCUGACCCACUACCUGCUGCCCCAGCUCCGCAAGCAGCUACCCUGGUACUGCUUCUCACACCCACUCCUCAAGACCCGCGAGUACUACCAGUUCGAAGUCAGAGGAGCGGCCCAUGUGAUGUGGUUUGAGCGUCUGCACGUGUGGCUGCUGUUCGUGGAGAAGAACGUGCUGUACCCGCUGGUCAUCCUCAACGAGCUCAGCGGCAGUGCCAAGCAGCUGGCCAAGAAACUCAACACAGAGCUGGCUGCUCUGGUGAUCACAGUGGCUGGUUUGAAGCUGCUGCGCUCCUCCUUCAGCAGUCCUACUCAUCAGUACAUCACUGUGCUCUUCACCAUGCUCUUCUUCACCUUCGACUGCCCACACCUCUCAGAGACCCUGCUGCUAGACCUCUUCACCAUGUCCAUACUCUUCAGCAAGUUGUGGGAGUUGUUUUAUAAGCUGCGUUUCGUCUACACCUACAUCGCUCCGUGGCAGAUCACAUGGGGGUCAGCGUUCCACGCCUUCGCUCAGCCUUUCGCCGUGCCGCACUCGGCCAUGUUGUUUGUGCAGGCGGUGGUGUCGGCCAUCUUCUCCACGCCGCUCAACCCCUUCCUGGGCAGCGCCAUCUUCAUCACCUCCUAUGUCAGGCCCGUCAAGUUCUGGGAGAGGGACUACAACACUAAAAGAGUGGACCACUCCAACACACGGCUGGCAUCACAGCUGGACAGGAACCCAGGCUCCGACGACAACAAUUUGAACUCCAUCUUCUAUGAGCACCUGACGCGGUCUCUGCAGCACUCUCUGUGUGGUGACCUGCUGCUGGGUCGCUGGGGCAGCUACAGCACGGGCGACUGCUUCAUCCUGGCCUCCGACUACCUCAACGCCCUCGUGCACCUGGUGGAGAUCGGCAACGGCCUCGUCACCUUCCAGCUGCGCGGCCUGGAGUUCAGGGGGGCGUGGGGCACGUAUUGUCAGCAGCGGGAGGUGGAGGCCAUCACGGAGGGGGUGGAGGAGGACGAGGGCUGCUGCUGCUGCGAGCCGGGCCACCUGCCCCACCUGCUCUCCUUCAACACUGCCUUCGGACAGCGCUGGCUGGCCUGGGAGGUGCUGCUCACCAAGUACGUCCUGGAGGGCUACAGCAUCACCGACAACAGCGCCGCCUCCAUGCUGCAGGUCUUUGACCUCAGGCGCAUCCUCACUACCUACUACGUCAAGGGUGUGAUCUACUACGUGGUGGCGUCGUCCAAGCUGGAGGAGUGGCUGGCCAACGAGGCGAUGGCGGAGGGCCUGCGCGGCUGCAGCGAGCGCAACUACGUGGACCUGGACCCCACCUUCAACCCCAACAUCGACGAGGACUACGACCACCGGCUGGCCGGCGUCUCCAGGGACAGCUUCUGCUCCACCUACCUCGGCUGGAUCCAGUACUGCAACUCACGCAGGGACAAGCCGCUGGACAGUGAGAAAGACUCGCCUCUGGUGCUGCUGUGUUUUGGUCUGUGUGUUUUGGGCCGGAGAGCUCUGGGCACUGCAGCUCACCACAUGUCCAGUAACCUGGAGUCGUUCCUGUACGGGCUCCAUGCGCUGUUCAAGGGUGAUUUCCGCAUCUCCUCUGUGCGUGACGAGUGGAUCUUUGCAGACAUGGAGCUCCUGAGGAAGGUGGUGGUGCCGGCCAUCCGCAUGUCUCUCAAACUACACCAGGACCAUUUCACGUGCCCGGAUGAGUACGAGGAGCCGGCGGUGCUGUUCGAGGCCAUCUCGGCGCAUCAGCAGAGCCUGGUGAUCGCCCACGAGGGUGACCCGGCCUGGCGCAGCGCCGUGCUCUCCAACGCGCCCUCGCUACUCGCCCUGCGCCACGUGCUGGACGAGGGCACCAACGAAUACAAGAUCAUCAUGCUCAACCGACGCUACCUCAGCUUCAGAGUCAUUAAGGUGAACAAGGAGUGUGUGCGGGGGCUGUGGGCGGGUCAGCAGCAGGAGCUGGUGUUCCUGCGGAACCGCAACCCAGAGCGUGGCAGCAUCCAGAACGCCAAGCAGGCGCUGCGCAACAUGAUCAACUCCUCAUGCGACCAGCCCAUUGGCUACCCCAUCUACGUCUCGCCCCUCACCACCUCCUACGGCAACAGCCACGCGCAGCUCGGACACGUGCUGGGAGGGCCCAUCAGCUUCGGGAACAUACGCAACUUUGUCGUCAGCACCUGGCACAGGCUCCGUAAGGGCUGCGGUGCUGGCUGUAACAGCGGAGGCAACAUUGAGGACUCUGACGCGGGGGGCCUGUCGUGUGGCAGUGGUAACGGAGGCGCCAGUGACUCCCAGCAGAGCUCCAUCUCUCAGGGCGGCCUCUCCGGCCCCGCCGCCCCCAACUCCUACCAGCCACACUCUAUAGGCACGAGCCACAGCUCCCAGUCGGUGCAGUCGGGCCUGGUGCGCCACUCCCCGGCGCGGGCCUCCGUGGCCAGCCAGUCCUCGUCCUGUCGCUACGGCAGCAGCCGCCACUCCUCGCUGCGCACCUCGGCCACGGGCCUGGAGCCCUGCCGCCGCUCCUCCAGCAGCCAGCUGUCGCUGCGCACGCUGCCCACCUCCCUGCAGCUGCGGCUGGGCGGAGGUGGCGUUGGCGGAGGAGGAGGAGGCCCCAACGUGGACGCACCUCCACCCCCUCCAGGACUAGGCGGGGGGCCGUCCGGGUCUCUGUCCAGCCAGAGCAUCAUCCCGGCCUGCAAGCGCCACACCCUGGUGGGGCUGCUGGGGAGCGAGGGUCUGGGCGCCGCCCUGGGGGAUGGCCCCGGUACUGCGACGACAACUACUAUGCUGAGCGCCGCAGGGCACUCGCACUACUACCCGCACCCGCACCCGCACGCACACUCCCACGUGCACCACCACCCCACGCUGGGCUGCCUGCGGCGUGAUGACAUCUCCUACAGAGUGCAGAUAGUAGACGUGGGCCAGGUGCUGGAGGUCAUCAACGUGUCCAAGCGUAAGGAGCUGCAGUGGCCUGACGAGUGCGUGCGGCUCCGCUCGGGACGCAACUACUGGAGAGACUGGAGCCCCAGGGAGGGCAUGGAGGGACAUGUGAUACACCGGUGGGUGCCUUGCAGCCGCGACCCGGCUAACCGCUCCCACAUGGACAGGGCCAUCCUGCUGGUUCAGGUGGACGAUAAACUGGUUCCCAUUAUAGAGAUGGGGGUCAUUGAGCUGGGUGCCGAGGUCUGACCCCAAAUAACCCCCCCAAGCCCAAACCCAACGCUCACCCUCACCGCCACCCUCGACCUCGAUCUUGGCCUUGCUUUUAGAGGUCAAGGUUCUGAAAUGGGGGUUGAAUACCUGACUACUCCGCAGUCCGCAAACCCUUUCAUUAGUCCCCACAGAGGGGACAGGAAGCCAGGGAACCGUGCAAGUAGAGGCAGAUUAGACACACUCACACUCUCACACACACACACACACACACACACACACACACACACACACACGUACGCGAUUGCUCAGAUGUGUCGACACACACCCGAAAGAAAGCUGCCUUCCUGCGUGUCUCACCAAUAUGCUGCAUGAGGGAUGGAGUCCCAUCAGAACUUCUUUUUCUUAAUUUGAACAUUGCUGGGUUUUUAUUAUUUUUCUAUGCAUCCAAUUAUGAUUAAGGCGCCGGUCAUGACGUCCAAGUUGAUUUAUGAUGUUUAAGUGCAAAGUCACUCAAAAGUACUCAUGCCUUUAUACAGUACAAGCAGACGUAAUGGUACACACACACUUUUGUGCAUACAUUUACACAUACACUACAUAUGCGUGUACACUACAAACACAAAAACACUUAUGCAUACAAAUGUCCAUGCACAAUAUGCACAGACUGCCCAUACACAAGCACAACUCAAAGAUCUGGCAAUCCGGUACAAACGUACACUCAAAAACUUUUAAGUUUGUACGCAUACACAUCAAAAAGACUUAAUGAGCAGUGUGCUUGGAAUGGGCAAACCUUUUGAGAUUUACGCAAAACCUAAGUGUUUGUUAAGUUUUGUUCCUUUGUUUUUGAUUGUUUUUGACAGUAAUUUAAAAAAAAAUAUUGCCAAAAAAACGCCUGGUUCCCAAAAGCCUGGCAUUCGCUCCACAUGUGAGUUCCUUUUUUUGUUAUGUUUUGGUUUGAGUUUUUUUCUACCAAGGGAGAGGAGACUGAUAGCCCCUUUGCCAAUCAUGCUACUGUUGUUUGAGGAGGCAAUGCCUGUAGCCAAUCAUCAUACAGCAAAAUAGACCAUGGCCAAUCAGAAUACCGACAGCCUGUCAGAAAACUGAAGUGGUUAUAUGGGUUCCACUGGCCACGUAAGUGAUGGCGCAGUGAUGCUUCUGCUGGGCAGCUUGCAUGCACACCUUGCCAUUUCAAUGCAUUCUGCCUGAAAUGGAAAAGUGUGCAUGUGCGCUGCCUAGCGAAAGCAUCACUGCUCCAUCACGAAAGAGGCCACUGAAGUGGUUAUAUGAGUUCUCUGGAACUAAUAGGCUUGUACCAUCCAAUCAAUAGACAAGGUACAGCCCCUACUGUGCACUGAUUGGAUGGACAUGAAAAGGCCUGCAGCCAAUCUGGACAAAGGUCCAGAAACUGAGCAAUAAUCGCUCAAUAUUCACCCUAUUAUACACUACAGCCAAAUAAAUCAAGGCCCCCCCCCUGCCCAACCGGAGAGCUGUUGCAAAUCAAAACCCUGAGGAGACGGUAGCCAAUGAGAAUCAGCCAGUGCUUGUUGCCUCCCUGCUACAACUCCCCCCUAUACCCCCAGCCUCCAAGGUCUGAUUCUGUGUCUGAGACUUCUUGCCUUGUGGGACAUCACGCGUCCUCAUAAAAAUGUGUUUUCAGAGCAAGCAAAGUGAGUUUUUGUGAGGCUUUUUUUUUUUUCUUGUACAGCCAGAGACCUGACUCUGCACAAACCCAGUCGACUUUUGAUCAGAGCAAGUAAGGGUGUCAGGUGGGCCACUAGAGUGUGGGAGUCGUCCACGUCCAGAAUGUGUUCAUCAUUCACGUGGAUGGUGCGUCAGUAUGGAAUGACACGGCAGCUUCACCAUCAUCCAGCUCCAGCUAUCAGGCUGUAAAUCAAUGUUGUUUCUCUCGUCCUUUCCUGCAACUUCUAGGGCCUAUACUAAGAAGCUGGUUCAGGAGUAAACAUGGUUAAGUUAACAUGGAAAUCUAAUCGAAUCUUCCAUUGGAUGAUUUGCCUUAACUUAACCUGGUGACAGAAGCUGCAAUGUCCUUGAUGAUGAUUAUUUUUUUUAUAUAAUUAUUAUUGAAUAUUUUGCAGCAACAUAAUUCAGAAGUCAAUUUCUUAUUUGCAAUCCUUCCCAAAGGAGUAGGGGCGAUGUCAAGGCUAGCGGUAGGAAGCAGGGGGAAAGGAUGGAAGGAAUGAUGGUGAUUAUCAGCCGUGGUGUUGGAACAGUGUAAUGCUGUGCAAUCUUUUCACUGGUGGCUGGACUGCUCUGCUGUGGCAGUAGGGUAGGCCCCUCCAGUAGGGUCUCACGCCGGGGACACAUACAUGCGACUUUGGCCAAACAAAGCGAACUUGGCCAUUUACUCCGAUGAGGGAGGUGAAGGCAAGCGAACAGGAGCGAAGCACAAUUAUUCUGCCAAGUUUAAUAUUAUACAAAUGAUGUGCGAAUUUCGCCUGUAGUGGCCAAUCAAACCAACAAACUAAAUGUUUCAUUCUAUUUGAUUUACUGCAAUGACCAGAUGACUAUUGAGUUGUCAGAAUGGAACAUUGCAUCUCUUUGCUUUGCUCGUAUCGCCUGCAUGUGUCCCUGUUGCCAUGGGCAGCUGCUACUGCAGUGACUGGGAUGAGGUAAAAGUGCCAGGAGUUGUUUCAGACCAGCUUGACUAUUUCAGUGAUUCUCAAGGCCAUUCCAACAUUUUCUUUUCCAGUUUCCUUUCAUUUAUUAACAGUUUAUGAAACAGCACAUUGUUUCAGAAAAAAAGCUUGCACUAUAGUUUUUUAUUUGUUUGUUUUGUCUUGAUUUACAGCAAUGCACUACAAUCUUGAAGAUAUAUCAAGCUAUUUAUUACUCACUCUUGAGUGGCCAUGGUAACUGUUGCCUUGGGAAUGAAAAAUGCAGUCAUCAUGUUUUUGCUCAUCAGCCAUUUUUGUUCUGAUCAUGUCCUGCAUUUUUCAUUAACUUGAAAGAAAAAAAAGGUUUAACUUCAUAUAUAUACAUACAUUAUAUAUGAAUAAUUGAUUGUUAAAAAUAUAUAAUUUUGUUUUGAAUAUUUAUUACUGUGAAUAUUGUAUUUACAUUUUGUUACAACCUCAGUUAUGGGACAAAGGUAUAUAGUUAAAUGUAUCAAGGACCAUCGGUUUGAAACAGAAGGCCGAACUUUUCAACGGACUGUUCCCUUAUCUCACUUGAUUUCUUUUGUAAGAGGGGCAAAUAAAGGGUGUUUGAUUUA